GGCGGGCGCAGGCUGGGCCGCCCCCGUGCCGCCCCCGCGGGGAUAAAGCCGGGGGUCCCGGCGGCCAUCCCAGAGCCCGUGCGCCCACGUCCCUCGCCACGGCCGGCAUGAGGAGCCUCCAGGCGGAAGCCAGCCCCUCCGAGGGGCCCGAGUCCGGCAAGGCCAAAGCCGAGUACCGAAACUACACGGAGGGGAAGCUGCUGGACCGCGUCUACAACACCUACCUGCUGAUGCACACCCACCAGACCGUCGACUUCGUCCGGAAGAAGAGCGCCGAGUACGGGCCCUGCUCCCUGCGCAAGAUGAGCGUCAUGGAGGCACUGGAGCUGCUGGACCAGCUGGUGGACGAGUCGGACCCCGACGUGGAUUUCCCCAACUCCUACCAUGCUUACCAAACCGCUGAGGGCAUCCGCCGGGCCCACCCCGACAAAGACUGGUUCCACCUCGUGGGGUUGCUGCACGACCUGGGGAAGGUCCUGGCGCUCUUCGGGGAGCCCCAGUGGGCCGUGGUGGGGGACACCUUCCCUGUGGGCUGCAAGGUGCAGAAGUCUGUGGUCUUCAGAGACUCCACUUUCCACGACAACCCCGACACCAGAGACCCCCUGUACAGCACUGAGUACGGGAUGUACCAGCCUCACUGUGGCCUGGAGAACGUCCUCAUGUCUUGGGGCCACGACGAGUACAUGUACAGAGUCAUGAAGUGCAACCGCUUCGCCCUGCCGAAGGAGGCUUUCUACAUGGUCCGCUUCCACUCCUUCUACCCCUGGCACACGCAUGGCGACUACCGGCACCUCUGCACCGAGGAGGACCUCCGCAUGCUGCCCUGGGUCAGGGAGCUCAACAAGUUCGACCUCUACACCAAGCAGGAGGAGCUGCCGGACGUGCAGCAGCUUCGGGGCUACUACCAGUCCCUGAUCGACAAAUACUGUCCUGGGCAGCUCUGCUGGUGAGCAGAGACCCCUGCCCACCCCACCGGGACACGCGCUGGCCUGCACCGCAGCACCCCACGCUCUAUCGCAGCCCCAUGGCGCAGCUGCCUCACCGCGGGGGGCAGCGGGGGUAUACAAUAAACCUGCUUGUCACGCA